CACCGCAUGCUUGCUUGGCGUUCCGUGUGACUGAAGCUGCUGGCUUCGACAUGCUGCGCGAGGAUCCGUGGAGCCUGAGGGUGGCCGAGUUGCUGUUUGUGCUGCAGGGCGAAGGGGAAGGCAGUAGCGGCGCCCAGGGCAUCCUCUGCGUGUGCUCCCGGGUCUUCGUGGAGGAUCGAAAAUUGUACAAACAAGGCUUAAAGGGGUUUUAUGUCAACAAUGAACAUGACAGUUUAGGAGAAGAUCAAGUCACUGUGGAAGAGAAAGAAGAGGGAAAAAAGAAGCUUAAUUCUAUUUUGCCGUCUGGUUUAUCGAAUAACCAUGCUUUGGGGCUGGAAGAAAAUGAAUUGGAUUCAGAGGCUGAACUCAUGAAGAGCAUGGGCUUACCUGUACAAUUUGGCAGUGUAACUAGCCCUAAAGCAUUUGUGGAAUUUGAAACUGUUGAAAAGAGGUAUAAAAUAGUGAAAAAGAAAAGAAAGAAAAAGAAAAAUAAGCUGCAAAAAGAUAUUCUUGAAGUAACACAAGAGAUUUUGGAAAAGGAUCACAGAGAUGAUGACCACUCUCUUUCUGAGAAUGAGAUCUUAACUAAAAAGGAGAAUGAAUAUGAAGAGAAAUGUGAAAAUGCGUCUGUUGUACAUGAAGAACUUCAUGAUAAUGAAAAAUGGGGAAAAUAUUGGCACGAAUAUGGAGAAGGAUUUCUGUGGCAGAGCUGGCAGGAGAAAUACAAGGAUGCUGAUUCUGCCCUUUUAACUGUGUCUGAACCCUGGAAUAAUCCUGAGGUGAAAGAAAAGUGGGAGCAGCAUUAUAGUGAACUGUACUGGUAUUACUGGGAACAGUUUCACUAUUGGGUGAGCCAAGGUUGGACUGUUGAUGCUGUACAUAAUAACAGCAUGGUAACUAGCACAAGUGUGCUGGAAACAAGGCAGCCAGAAGAAACACAGAAUAUUGGUGCAAAUGGUGACCAUGGAGAAAUACUAGACUCCGAAUUUCAUUGUCUUUCUUCCAGUGUGAGCUGCAAGGAAAAUCCCAUUUCAUGUGAAGAACAAUGUAAUGAAAUUCUUACGGGAAUUAGAGAGAUAAAUAUUGAUUUUGAAGAAGUGAAGCAGAACAAGCCAGCAAACAUGGUUGAUAGUACAGGCAAUCAAGGACAAAGUUUAAGAAGUUGUGCUAAUCAGACUGAAACAUCUGAUAAGGAGUCAAGGAGAAGAAAUGAGUCUUCAGAGGAAGGAUGUUCAAAUCAGCCAGUGUCUCGGAGGUCCUCUACAGCAGAUGCUACAGGAGGUGGGGGUUCUCCUAAUAGCAAUGAUGAUGGUGAGGAGCCCCCCGAAUGUAGACCUGUUACAUUAAAGAGGAGCCAUGAACUAGAUUCUGAAGAACACUCUCUAGCAGGUCCAGAAAGCAUUUGUUGUCUUCUGGGACUCAAACUUGGCAUGGGAAAAAAAUACAGGGGAAUUCCAGAUUUCAGCGAAAGAAGAGUGACACAUUUCAAUAAAAAUAUGAAGUUUAAGUCUAAGUUCUUGGAUAUGCGCAGAACAGUCAAGACCAAAAACAAACACAUCUUUUUUACAGAAGAAUCUGAUAGAUUGUUUUGCAAGAAGAGCAAGACUUUAAAUAAGGUAGAAAAGUUCUUCAAACAAGUGAAUGAUGAGCCUGAGGAAGAUAAAUCUCAGGACUCUUUGCCACAAGAUGGAGUUCAUCACACUUCUACAAGCAGUGAUUUAGAAGAGCAGGAAAGUGAUGGUGGCUCUGAAACUACUUUGGAUUUCCAAAAUUGUGGCCUGGUACCUUCCAGCUCAGCUUCUUGUAAAGUAGAAAGAUUCAACCUUGAAGAGAGAGGCAAGGAUAAGCUGGUAAUAGCCGAAAAUGACUGUAAUUCUCAGGAAUCAGAGCCAGGAAAAGGAGGAGAAUGCCCUUUGGGAAGACAGCUAAUUCCCCUGGACAUCCCAGAGUACCUGCAGAUAGAAACAGAAGGUGAAGUAGAUUAUCCUAAAAAGAAGAAAAACAAGAAAAAGAAGCAGAAAAAAGCCAGACCUUCACAGUCCCUACCUUCAGAAAUAGUCACUGAUCCAGAGCUAGCCAAAUAUUGGGCACAACGGUAUAGACUAUUCUCUCGAUUUGAUGAGGGGAUUCAGUUAGACAGAGAGGGAUGGUUUUCUGUUACACCUGAGAAGAUUGCAGAGCACAUUGCAGACCGUGUGAAGCAGUCCUUCAAUGCUGACAUCAUAAUAGAUGCAUUCUGUGGUGUUGGGGGGAAUGCUAUUCAGUUUGCCUUGGCAGCAAAAAGAGUCAUUGCUAUCGAUAUUGAUCCUGUGAAGAUCGCUCUUGCUCACAAUAAUGCAGAAGUGUAUGGCGUGGCAGACCAGAUAGAGUUCAUAUGUGGCAACUUCAUGCAGCUGGCAUCCAGGUUAAAAGCAGAUGUUGUGUUCCUUAGCCCUCCAUGGGGUGGGCCUGAAUAUGCCACUGCAGAAAUCUUUGAUAUUGAAACAAUGAUUUCUCCCAAUGGAUUUGAAAUUUUCAAACUUUCUCAGAAGAUUACCAACAAUGUUGUGUACUUCCUUCCUCGUAAUGCUGAUAUUGACCAGAUCGCUUCUUUAGCUGGACCAGGAGGAAAAGCUGAAAUAGAGCAAAAUUUUCUGAACAACCGAUUGAAGACCAUAACUGCCUAUUUUGGUGAUCUAAUCAGGCAAGAUGUAUCCUGACCUCUGUGUGUGUAUGUGCAAUUUUGUUGAUGCACAGUGGCUCAUCCCUAACUUUAUUCUCUCCAUUAUUCAUUUAUUUUCACAAUUAGUGACUGCUCUAGAGUAUUUGUUUUUUGUUGACUUGAGAAUUAAUGUCUAAGAUAUCUUACAUGUAUCAAUAAAAUAUUUUCUAAGAAGA